GAGAUUGUAGAUGGUGUUCGAAGCUUGAACAGCGAAAAGAGGGACAGGAGAGAAGGUUUUCAUUUUCAAAGAAGUUGAUGCGUUCUUGAAAUAAAUGGUCCUACUGCUCGCCAGCAUGUCAAAAUCUUCUCGUCUUCUACGUAGCGGUCUUGUUCCUGCUGCACCAGAGCCGAACGGGCCUGCUUGCGUGGAAGGAGCUGCUUCUCACGAGCGGAACACGACCCGCGGCCGAAGCUAUUUUUUCGGAGGGCAGCGGGGGACGGCACCAGGGGUGUCCGGCUUCUUGCGAGAUGUAGAGUGGUCUGCGAUGUUCUUGUUGACGGAGCAAAGGGUCGUGUAGUGCUGCGGUUGUGGCGGAUAAGUCCAAGAACCUCCAGGAGGCGCCUGUCGCCAUUCCGUAUUGGAAAUAAAUGAACAACAUUUUCAAGCUCCGUCGGUCCCGCGGGACCAGCCAGCCGUUUCAACGGAAGUCAAGUCUGAUUUCCAUCCUGCUGAAGUGUCUCUACUUUUCGCUCACCGCAAUACACGACGAAACCAGGCUGGUGCUGGUUGGUGCAGUGCUGCAAGACUUGCAAGAAACAGUGAUAAAACGGGACCACAGCGUGCCGAUCAUUUUCCAUUGCAAUCACACGGUGUGCAAUGAUAAUCCCAUCUACGAAGACUUUCCGCCGGGGAACUACUCCUGGCCAAACGGGACGACCUUGAUCACGGUGUACAUUUAUUUGACGCCCCUGCACUACGGCCGGUCCUGCAACACGGGGCAGAGUUACACGGGCGAGAAUUACGACCCUGAUGCUUUGUUUGUUUCUGGUGGUGGAAAUUUGAACAACCGGUAUUCCAGUCCCGUCGCCCCGGCGUACUUGAUUCUGCCGAGCACAGACACCUCGCAGAAUUUCGAAAACCGCACCGGGGUGUUUGACACAAGGCUGCGGUCCAACGCGCUACUGGGCGCGAACGUCAACUCUACACUGCUUCAAGCGGGCAUCAACUACAGGAUUUGCGUCGAUUACGACGGCACCGGCACGGACUACAACUUUGAAACCACCGCCCUGGAUGUCUACGUGGGCGGCCCGUUUCGCAUUCUCUCGCCCUGGAUGUUUCAGUCCACCCAGUCCUCCAUCGUGACAUUCGAGUGCCUAUGGAUUGCAAAUAUGUCUAUGUCUGGAAGAGCCAAACUUGUGGUGCUGCAUUUGGAUGCUAAAAAAAUCUGUAUUGCACGAGCAGCAAGAGGAGUCAAAUUUGGCUACGCGGAGAGGGCAUUUGUAAUGCAGGAUGCGCAUCGAUAGGCGCUCAAAAAAUCUGUGAUGCUAUGGCAUACAUCAGAGACAUCAUGGAUCAGGGAAAAUGUGCAUGACAAACUUUUCCUCUUCCAGACCCAGACAUUUUUACACUUGAUAGUGCCACCCGAACACCUGCGACACGAGCUGGUAUUGUGAGGAAAAAUCCCCCCUCCUCAUAAGUACCAAAGCGGGAUACUUCUCAAAAUUUGUGAUGCUGAUUUGAGGCCACAAAUCGUCUCUGCAUUGCUAGAAGGCAUAUCCAAAAACCCCGCCGCGUUCUGCAGGCAAUCUGUAAUGCUGUAUGGCCUACGGAGGACAUGCCUGCCUUGCUAGGCGCAUACACCAAAACGCCCCUCCUCCGGCUUUGUGUCUGUCUGCAGUCCUCUAUUGCAAGACAGAUCCGAUUUGUGUACACAAAUCCCGCAGCACAGAGAUCCAUUUCGAUAUGGGGAGGGGGAGUUUUUCCUUUUGAUAGCUGGCAAAUUUUCCUCAAAUCCGCGGGCUGCGACGGCACGGUGUCAAAUCCGCUUCUGA